AUGAAAGAAUUGGAUUGUUUCGAUAAAAAAGAAUGUCGAUUUACACGUCUUUAUAUGUCAGCAGCACCCGAAUUUUUAAUUGAUGCUGCUGUUCCAACAUUGGCAUUACAAGUCGAAGAACUUACGCCAAUUCUUAUUUUUCCACGUAAAACAUGCUUAGAUACAUUAUCUAAACAUUCUUCAUGUUCUACUUCAGAAUCGAAUCUUUGUUAUCAAAAUAAUUCGUUACGAAUACAAAAUACAAUGUUCGCGGAAUCUGGAUCAUCGCCAUUUUUUAAUCGUUUUUUUAAUAUACAACAUAAUUUUUCUGAACAAGGUUAUAUCUCAUUUCCUCCAUUGGAUUUUUAUUCUCAGGAUAAACGUUCAUCAUCCAUAUAUAAUUGAUUUUUUCGAUAAAAUGAGUUUUAUUCAGUAUUCAACGGU